AUGCCCGGGAAAAAGGACGACUCCGUGUGGUCAUACAAUUUGCGCUCGUAUGACUUCUCAGACGACGACAGCGAUGCAUCUGAGGACGCAGAAGUUACAACAUCCAGGGAGAACCCCUGCUCCGACGACGGCCAGCAUGACCUAGACAUCUCCUCACGGGUCGACACUGCUCAGUACAAGUCGAACCCGUGGUCCAUCGCUAAAGUGAAUGCUGCAUGUCGCAAGAGUGUGCCCGUUCGUUCUACGCCCCAAACUGCCCCUCGCAUUGCCGCGAAAAAGCCGCACAUAGGCAACAAAUCAACUGUCUCCUCUGUAACGCAAAUGUCUAGUACAGCACCUCGCAAACCUAAUCAAAGGAGUCUGGUCAAAAGAAAGCCUCACACACCUGCACAGCGUGUUGUUCCCGCUGUUUCUCUUCUGUCAUCUGUCUUUGGCCCCUCAAGUAAUGCUAUUGCCCCGCAGAAACAGCCUACAUACCCCAUCCUUGCUUUAGAUCCCAGUGCACCCAAUGGCACAUCUGUUGCGAACGAUGACCUUGUGUCGUUACCUAUGGAAAGGCUCGGACAAGAGAGUGCAUCUCAAAUGUUACCUUCUUCUGGUGCCUCGACACCUUGCAAGAGCCAAACGACGUAUGAGCUCUCAGGUGUCCAAACCCCGCAAUUUCAGGCGCAUAUACCACCCGUCUAUACGCUGAACGCUCGCAUUGAUCCUGCUCAAGAAGUCUCUUCCUCAAGUUACGGCUCUGUAUCGGGUCUUCUUCUUCCAGCGAGCUUGUCUGUUUCCACUCCGAAUGGUUUAGUAAUGGACAAGACAUAUCCAUCUCAUUCCCAAUCUCCUUCGGUCCAGUCGCAGGGGGCCAAGAACGACGCACCAAAAGUCUAUCAUCCCCAACAGAUCACGCAUAUACACACUGACGACACACAGAAUACACCGCAUACCCAUGGAGCGAAUCAGCAUGACCUGCUUGAACGGAAAGCGAUUCACUCUGUGCUUGCUUCGAGGGCAGAGCCACAGAGACUCAUCGACAAGUUGCUUCCAGCCACGCCCCAUCGGGAAGGGACCGUGGCGUCGGCCAAACGACCUCAACGAUCCGUACAUGAAGCUUCGUCUUCGCCUAUGUCGAACGGCCACAUUCGUCGGGACGUCAGAAAUAUUGAUAAGGGACCUAAGAUGUCCAUCUCCCCGGUUCACAUGCCCCAUAUCGCGCAGAAAAUGACUCAGUCGUCAUCUCCCUUACGCGGCCCAGACUCCCGUCACGGUGUUUCCCCUACCGUCGCAUCCAUCUCUCACAUCAAUGCUGCGCGGCCCUCCUCCCGCACGUCCCCAGCAGACAUCCCUGCCCCCCGCCGACACAUGGCAAUGGAGACUAUGAUCUCACCUGCACACAAGCGCACAGCCUCUCCCCUCAAUGUCUCCGUUGCCCCGGCCAAACGCGACGCCUAUGCCGCGUUCCCUACGUCGCCCGACGCCGCGUGGUCUACGCUGCCCCCGCCCAAGAAGCCCCGCGUAGCCCCCGCGCCGGCGGGCAAGGUAAGAGAGUCGGGGACCUUCCGGCUGCCGCUGGCGCAUGCGCGCGCGCCCGAGCCUGUAGCGCAGAAGACGCGGGUGGUCACCUACCUGCCCCCGCCACGGAAGGCGCCUUCUCCACACGUCACGACCGGCACGCGCGACGAGGAGGGCAGCAGGUACCCGUCUCCUCCAGGCUCGGAGCUCGACGUCCCGCCGAUGUCGCGUGCGCGUGCGCCCGACGCAGGGCACGACGCCGACAAACACGCACCGGCCGCAAGAUCGGCGCCGUCGCGCCCCCACCCCGCCUCUCGCACAGCUCUACCGUCGCCCCCGCCGUCUGACCCUCCCGAGGCAGCGCCGCCGGCCGCCGAGGACACGCAGCAGGACACGGACGUGCGCGCGCACUUCGACAUGCGGGAUCUCAGACAGAGGUACACGCUCGUUCGGCGGCGCGUCGCGGAGCGCAAGCGACUGUCUGCGGAGGUGUGGCCCCUUUUACAGCUCCCCUCGUGCGGUAUUGUGUACUGCGAUCGACCCCUGUCCGAGUCGUCACAGAAAGGUGAACGCCUAUCUGAAGAGGAGAUGCGCGACGAUCCUCAAGAGCAAUUCACUGAGAUCGCAAUUGUUACGUGGCAGCCGUCCGUGAAAGCACUGGAAGUCAAUGAGCAGAACGUGAAGUAUCGUCGCAAGGGCGCAGCCACCCGAGCGGGACCCAUCGCGCGCCGCACGAGGUCGCUGUCCUUCUCGGGCAGCCGCGGUGCACCGUGUGCACGCGUGCGCGUGCGCGGGCCUUCCCCGCUCCCUGGCUCCGGGCACGCACGCGCCAGGCGGCGGGCCAUCGCGGCUUGCAUAGCAGCCUCCACCUCAGCGUCGGACGGCUUAGCCGGGCGUUCCUCGGGACGGCUCGACACGGUCGACACGGGGCGUGAGGAUGCAUUUGAACUUGCGCGUGUGCGGGAGGCAAUGGGCGGCGUCUUGCGCGGGGGCGUUGAUGGUACAGCUACAGGCGGAGCACCAGACUCAGCGGCUGCACUUCCAGUGGCUGCUUGUUCCGCUGCCCUUUCUGCGGCAGCCUGGGCGCGUGUCAUCGUCGGCUUCUCCACAUAUCGCUCAGGGGCUCGUGACUGGGGCGUGCUAGGCCCAGCUUCAGUUUCAGCCUCGGCUUCAGGAGCGGUCGCCGAUUCCUCGUCCGCGAGGAAUGGAUUGUUUGGGGAGUCGCGUACGGGGAACAAGCCAGGUUUUCGCAGCCGAGAAGGGAUAGGAGCGGGUGGGGGUGUCGGCAAACGCGCUUGCACGCGAGUUCUUGGCUGGCGUCGCGAGGGUGGCGGGGACGCAAGACCGAGUCUUGCGCUUCUUGUUGCCGACGAUCAGUGCGCCGUUGGCAUCAUGGCGGGGGGCAUCGUCAUCGGUGAGAUCGCGUUCAACGAUGAGGCGUUCAUCUUCAUCAGUGUCUGAGUCGGUGACCCGUGAGCGUGCGCGCUUGCGCUUAUGGCGAGUCUGCGGAGGCGUUGGGAGCGACGCCAGAGACUGGGAGCGUUUGACGGGUGCGGGGCGAGAUGGGGGAGCGUCGACGAGAGGCGCGGCGACGGCGGCGGAUGCACGAGUUGUGGGCAUCGGGGAGGGCACUCGUCUUUGCAGGAAAAAAGGACUCUGAGGAAUGUGUGAAAAGGGAGAAGCGAGAAAGAGGAAAGCGAG